CAAGCGCAGUUGGGGUGGAGCGGAGGAUAGGAGGGACGAGCAUAGGCAGGAAAGAAGGGAGGAGCUUUGGAAGGGCCCAGAUGUGGGGCGAGGUGUAGGGCCCAGGAGAUGGAGACAAAGGCGGGGAGAGGGCGCGAUCCCCCUGGCUCACCCAAAGAGAGAUGCUGUUAGCCAGAACCAUCCAGUUUUGCUUGUGAAAUAUAUGCCUGCCUCAAGAGCACCACAGCUCACACACGGAGUAGCAUCUUGACCUAGUCACUUGAGUGCCCCUUGCCUUGAAAUUUGCAGAGGAUCCUUCUGUAUUCAUGGAAGCUGGCCUAGAAGAAGGACUAAAGAUGGAAGAGCAAAAGUCAGCUUGUUCUGAAGCUGGAAAUGACCCUCAUGUCAUCCAGGGAAAUAGCUGGGAAAGAACUGUGCAAAAGAUGCUGGGUGAGGACACUACCAGUUCAGAUGCACAGCGCCAGCACUUCAGGCAGUUUGGCUAUCAUGAGGCCAAGGGCCCCCGUGAGAUUUGCAGCCAACUCCACACCCUUUGCCAGCAGUGGCUAAAGCCGGAAAGACACACAAAAGCUCAGAUGCUGGACCUGGUGAUCCUGGAGCAGUUCCUGAGCAUCCUGCCCCCAGAGAUGGAGAGCUGGAUCAGAGAAUGUGGAGCAGAGACCAGUUCCCAGGCAGUGGCCCUGGCAGAAGGUUUCCUCCUGAGCCAGGCAGAGGACAAGAGGCAGGAAGAGCAGCAGGUGCAAAGACAGCUAGCAGAAGUGAUCUCUGAUUGCCAGAAGGCAGAGAAGGCUCCACCAGGCACUAGUCGAAGGCCGCUGUUCAAGUGGAUCGUGGAAGAGAGUGUCAGAGGGACCACCCAGCUGGGCAGUGAAAUUACCCUCGUGCUUCAUUCCUGGCCUUCUGCUCUUUGCGGUGGGGCAGAAUCAGUGGCUGUGGAGGCAUCAGAUCAGGCUGUGAGGAACUUUGAGGAGGUGGCUGUGUAUUUCUCCAAGGAGGAAUGGGCGCUGCUGGAUCCAGCCCAAAAGGCUCUGCAUGAGGAAGUCAUGGAGGAGAACUACAGAACUCUGGUAUACCUGGGUGAUGGGAGGGAAAGUGAGAGAAAAGGUAAGCAGCAGAGAAGGAAAACUGAAGCAAAGCAGAACUCCCUGGCUUCUGAAGUGGCUGAUUCAGUCCAUGAAGAAUGUUUCAAAGGAAGCAAAAGGAAUGAAAUCCCUCCAUGUGCAAAAAACCUAACUAGUAAAACAAGGCUUGGCACCUUUCAAGGACUUCAUGAUGAACAGCUGAAAUGCUUAGAGUGUGGGAAAAGCUUUAGUUGCAGGAAAAACCUCACAAGACAUCAGAGGAUCCAUACAGGGGAAAAACCAUACAAAUGCUCAGUGUGUGGAAAGAGCUUCAGUCAGAGCACUCAUCUUACUUCACAUCAAAGAAUUCAUACAGGAGAGAAACCAUAUCAAUGCUCAGAGUGUGGAAAGAGUUUCAACCAGAGUGCAAACCUUACGUACCAUCAAAAAAUUCACUCGGGAGAGAAACCAUACAAAUGCUUAGAGUGUGGGAAAUGCUUCAACCAGAGUGCAAAACUUACAUACCAUCAAAGAAUCCACACAGGAGAUAAACCACAUAAGUGCUUAGAGUGUGGGAAGACUUUUAACCAAAGCUCACACUUAAAUGAACAUCAAAGAAUCCACACAGGAGAGAAACCAUAUAAAUGUUCAGUAUGUGGUAACAGCUUUAGUUAUAUCACAAGUCUUACAAGACAUCACAGGAUCCACACAGGGGAGAAACUUUACAGAUGUCCAGAAUGUGGAAAGAGCUUCAGCCAGAGCAUAAGCCUUACUUACCAUCAAAGAAUUCACACAGGGGAGAAACCACAUAAGUGCUUGGAAUGUGGAAAGAGCUUCAGCCGGAGCUCACACCUGAAUGAACAUCAAAGAACCCACACAGGAGAGAAACCAUAUACAUGUUUAGAAUGUGGAAACAGCUUCAGUCACAGCAACAGCCUUACUAUUCAUCAGAGAAUCCACACAGGGGAGAAACUGUACACAUGCUUGGAGUGUGGAAAAAGCUUCAGGCAGAGCUCAAGUCUUACUUCCCAUCAAAGAAUCCACACUGGGGAGAAACCUUAUAAAUGCCCAGUGUGUGGAAAGAGCUUCAGCCAAAGUGCAAGCCUUACUUACCAUCAGAGAAUCCACACAGGGGAGAAACCAUAUAAAUGCAUGCAUUGUGGCAAGAGGUUUAGUUGGAGUUCAAGCCUUAAUGAACAUCAAAGAAUCCACACAGGAGAGAAACCAUAUACAUGCUCAGAGUGUGGAAAGAGCUUCAGCCAGAGGACACAACUUAAUGCACAUCAAAGGAUCCAUACAGGGGAAAAACCAUACAAAUGCUCAGAGUGUGGAAAGAGCUUCAGUCGGAGCUCUCAUCUUGCUUCACAUCGAAGAAUUCAUACAGGAGAGAAACCAUAUCAAUGCUCAGAGUGUGGAAAGAGUUUCAACCAGAGUGCAAACCUUACGUACCAUCAAAGAAUUCACUCGGGAGAGAAACCAUACAAAUGCUUAGAGUGUGGGAAAUGCUUCAACCAGAGUGCAAAACUUACAUACCAUCAAAGAAUCCACACAGGAGAUAAACCACAUAAGUGCUUAGAGUGUGGGAAGACUUUUAACCGAAGCUCACACUUAAAUGAACAUCAAAGAAUCCACACAGGAGAGAAACCUUAUAAAUGUUCAGAAUGUGGUAACAGCUUUAGUUAUAUCACAAGUCUUACAAGACAUCACAGGAUCCACACAGGGGAGAAACUUUAUAGAUGUCCAGAAUGUGGAAAGAGCUUCAGCCAGAGCAUAAGCCUUACCUACCAUCGAAGAAUUCACACAGGGGAGAAACCACAUAAGUGCUUGGAAUGUGGAAAGAGCUUCAGCCGGAGCUCACACCUGAAUGAACAUCAAAGAACGCACACAGGAGAGAAACCAUAUACAUGUUUAGAAUGUGGAAACAGCUUCAGUCACAGCAACAGCCUUACUAUUCAUCAGAGAAUCCACACAGGGGAGAACCUGUACACAUGCUCAGAAUGUGGAAAAAGCUUCAGGCAAAGCUCAAGUCUUACUUCCCAUCAAAGAAUCCACACUGGGGAGAAACCUUAUAAAUGCCCAGAGUGUGGAAAGAGCUUCAGCCAAAGUGCAAGCCUUACUUACCAUCAGAGAAUCCACACAGGGGAGAAACCACAUAAAUGCGUGCAUUGUGGCAAGAGGUUUAGUCGGAGUUCAAGCCUUAAUGAACAUCAAAGAAUCCACACAGGAGAGAAACCAUAUACAUGCUCAGAGUGUGGAAAGAGCUUCAGCCAGAGGAUACACCUUAAUGCACAUCAAGUAACUCACAUAGGAACAAACCAUUUAAAUGCUGAGAAUGUGGAAAGGGCUUCAGUCAGAACCUUGAUGUACAUAAAAGAAUUCACACAGGAGCAGGUUUCAUGAAUUCCAGAAAUGUCUGUAGCUUGGAGAGAACUUCAGAUGGAAAACAUACCUUUAUUUCAGAUUGUUCACAUAUUAGAUAAGUCAUAUACAUAAUUAUAUGAGAGCGUUUCUGAACACAAGCUCAUGUAAUGAGCAGAGAAAAAGGAGAAACCCCAUGAAUGUUUAAAAUAUGGUUUUAAAAAAAUUUGCUCAAAAAAUGAUAAUAAUGGAUGGCUUGAGGAUCAAACUUCAAUUAGAGCCAUCAUCAUCCAGAAUGUCUCAUGAGGGGACUCCCCACUGGUCACCUGUAGUGAAUAUUUCUUUCUUCCAAGGGAUCACUCGAGUCACCAGCUUCACAAGGGCAGAACCAUCCGUGCAAUUGCUGUUAUAUAGGAAGAAAUGUCUUGGCACUUGAACUUGUCCCAUCACGCUGUGUCCCUUUAAGAGACAUCUCCAUACCAGUGCAUUGUUUCAUACGUCCCAGCAGGAAACAGCAGCCAGCAUUUCCUGUACUGAAUAGGGGAUUCUGCUCAAAGACCUAUGGGAUCCCUUCAAACUCUAAAACUCUAUGAUUCAGGAGGUCUGUGAUAGGUUUAGUUUCUUUCCAGGUGAGGGAGCCCCCAACUUCCCACACUUCUGCCAUAUUGACUUAUUUGCUAAUAAAGAUAGGGAGCCAACAGACACCUUGACUGACAGUGUUGGUUCCUGCCAGACUGGUAGGGUCCACUCAGGAUCUCGGCAAAUUUCCUCCUUCCAACCAGUGGCAAAAUCCAGACCCAUUUCCCCCCAACUUGCUGGCUACCUGGCAUCUUCCCAAACUCUUCUGCAGCCUCCGCCUGAGUGUGUCUUAGUGAAGGAACUUCUUUUAGCCCCCUGUAGCCUUGGAGGAGACAUCACCAGCUGUCCUGAGAGCUGGCCAAGGAUCAGCACCGAUUCUCCUUUCUUGUAUCUUUUUGUUGUAUGUUAAGCUUUUAGGAUUAUUAGCCGAAUGCAGGGGUUCUCACUCGGGUCCUGAGUUGCACAUGGACCACAAUUCCCAUCAUCCCUGCUACAACAGCCUUUGGUUCUUGUGGCUGGAGAUAAUGGAAGUUGUAGUCCAACAAUAUCGGGAUAGGGGUGUGCACGAACCGUGCUUCAAGCACUGGUUUGACGCCGUGGGGAGGGAAGAGGGGAACGAGAGCUUUUAGAAAGGAGAGCACGGUGCGCAACUCAAGUACUCAGGCACGGCGCCAGCACGCACAUGGUAUUGCUGACCACACAAAUGGUGCCCGUGUAUCUGUAUGCUGGUGCUGCGCGUGGGUACUUGAGAUAAACUCCACCACAGCAGGAAGCUUUAUGAGACAGAGGAGAGCAGGUAAGGACCUGCUCUCCUCUUUCUUAAAGCUCCCGCUCCCCUCCCCACGCCACUGAACCAGUGUGUGAACCACGGUUCAUGCACAAACAUAUAUUAGGAGACCCAAGGGUGAGAACCCCAGCCGAAUGUGAACUAGCAAUGUGGCAUGUAUUAGUUGUGUCAGGUAUAGUAACUUUUAUGUAUUAGUAAUGUGCUAACCUUUUAAAAUAAUAGAGGUCAUCGCCUACACAUUGGGGUUGACACAUUAUCACUCGUGGCCACUGUUGUGGAUGGUGACUGCUCUUACCUUUUAAAGCAGGGGUUCUCAAAGUUGGGUCCCCAGAUGCUGUUGGACUACAACUCCCUUCAUCCCCAGCCAUGCUGGCUUAUGUCUUGUCAUAGUCUGUGGUUAGCAAUAGUCCAUCUGCUUUGCUUGUUUCAAUGUUCUACAUUCUAUGUUGGGUCUAACAAUUGGUUUUUGAAGUGGGAGUAGAAUGAAUCGUUGGCACUCACCUGAAUGGUCAUUCUCCUCAGAAGUAUGGAUGGCAUCCGAAAGGCAUGAUGGGUUGACACGACCUCCUGCUCCGAGACAGGGCCAAUCAGAGAGCUUUUCCUCCUAUAGCAGGAGGGAGGGGCAAUCCCCUCAGGCUUCAGUCUAUUGCUAGCUCUCCGAUGCUCCUGCUAGAGAAAACAGUAUCAGAGAAAGAACCAAGCAGAAUGG